AUGAGGGGAAACCCCCACCUCGAUCUGCUCGACCUGCACCGUGAAUAUGGACCAAUGAUGAGGAUAUCACCGAGUGAAAUCUCCUUCGCUGAUGUAGAAGCAUUUAACAUCAUCUACGGCCGGACAUCCAAGUUCGAGAAAUCCGAGUACUUUUACCGCCCGUUCGAAGAUCAAGCGCCAAAUCUAUUCACAAUCCGCGACCUGCAACAUCACUCUCAAGACAAGAGACUUCUCUCCCACGCCUUCUCACGAGCAAACAUUGCCCAACACCAGACCGCCAUCUACGACAAGGCGUCACAUCUGGUGGAGCGCAUGAAAGAGCUCGUCGUGAAGAACGAGCCCAUUCCGCUGUUUCCUGCGUUCCGCUGCAUGACCUUGGAUACCAUUUCCGACUUUGCUUUCGGAAAGUCGACGGGUGCGCUAGAUCUGGAAACUUUCGAGUCGGAUAUAUUUGAUGCCAUCGAUAAGGCCACCAACUCGGUGCCAUUUUUUCAACGCUUUCCGAUCCUUCGAGAAGCCCUUCGGUGGGCGAGUUAUUACAAUCUUAGUGCUAUUCCCAAUGGCUUCCUUAAACUUGCUCAUGCCGGUGAAACAGCGUUUGCGCAGAUGAGUGAUGAUGAUUCCUGGACCAUGUUCGGAAAUAUGAUUGCGUCCGCAAGGAAGUCAUCGUUGGAGCUGACAAAAGACCAUCUCGUCGCGGAAGCCAUUGUGAUGUUCGUUGCCGGGACCGAUACUACCGCCGCGGCCCUGGCCAUCGGGCUGCAUAAGCUGCUCCAGCACCCCGAGUCUUAUUCGAGACUCCAAGAUGAAGUCCGAACCGUCAUGCCGACACUUAACUCUAGACCGCUAAUUGAAGAGCUGGAUGCUUUGCCCUUCCUCGAUGCUUGUAUCAAGGAAGGCCUCCGUGUCUCCUGCCCCAGUCGCGUUAGGAUGCCACGAACAGUGUCAGAAGAAGGGUGGAAGUACAACGGUCACUAUCUCCCAGCCGGCACAUUCGUUAGCGCCUCGCCGCUCUAUUGCCUGCUCGAUGAGAAAGUGUUUCCUUCCCCCAAACGCUACGACCCGUCCCGGUGGUUAGUUGACGGUGAUCGGAAGCGGGAGAUGCUAUCCCAUUUCAACCCCUUCUCGCGGGGGACUCGACAAUGCAUUGGGCAGAACCUGUCUCUCAUUGAGCAGAAAAUUGUCUUGUCAAUGAUUGUAAGAAGUUUUGACUGCGGGCAAGUGUUGAAGAAGAACCUCAAAAUUGAGGAGGCUAUCACUGUCGUGAUUGAGGAUCCCGUGCACGUCAGAUUGUAUCUUGCAGAAAACUGA